GACGUAGAUUCCGGUCUGGCCCUGUUUACGGUUCAUCAAAAUGGCUGCCUCUGCUGUAGUGGCGACUCCCUCAGGGAAAGAUGCUGUCGCUGAAGGUUUGCUAGACCUCUUGAAACCAGCUAUUCAGAAUCUUGACCUGCAUGUACACUCGGUCAGAGAAAGCCAAGUAGAAUUGAGAGAGCAUAUAGAUAAUCUGGCCACAGAGUUAUGCCGGAUAAAUGAACAUCAGAAGGUGGCUCUGGACCUGGACCCUUAUGUGAAGAAGCUACUGAAUGCGAGACGUAGAGUAGUGCUGGUGAACAACAUACUGCAGAAUGCUCAGGAACGUCUGAGGCGACUCAACCACAAUGUUGCCAAGGAGACGGCCCGUAGGAAGACCAUGCUGGAGGCUUCAGGAGCGUUCCCCUCCCGCUCCCCCAGCAAACCCUGAGCCUCGCCUUAUGGAUCUGCGGGUGGUCCUGAUCACUACUGAACUAACACAAGGAGGACACUUAGACAUUUAGGUAGCAUUCUGUCUAAUGACCUGCUCAUGAUUUUGGCAUUAUAAAGAUCCUGUCUGCUCUCUGUUCAGACUGACAGACCACAGCAUCAGCUUUACAGUAUCACCAGAUUCUACAGAUAAGGUAAAUGCUUAAACCCAUGAGGAAAAUGUAAAAAAAACCAUGAUUGAAUUGUUCUUUAAAAUGUCUUCAUGCCAACUUCUCCAGUCUGAUUCUGGGCGACAGUGCUUCACAAAUCAGAUUUUUUCUUUUCUUUUUUACUUCUUAGUUGCAGUUUAGAAGGGGUUCAGGUAAAUGUAACUAGCAAGGGUUUACAACAGCCUGAUGGAUGUCCCACUUCAUGUAUCACGCUCAUGGAAGAUUUUAGCAAGCUUUAAGACCUUUAUGAUUGCACUAUGAGUUGACGGGAUAGGGUAAUGGGUUUGUUGUCUUUAACUGCUGUGCUCUUACUGAUGUUAUUGUGAUAUGCAAUGUGUGCUGCAAUGUUUCUGUUUUUGUUCACAUUCCACGUAAGAUUCAAUACAAAGAUGCAGUAUGUCCACAGGUGAUGCAUGAUUACUAGGUUUAUUACCCUUUACAGCAAUUUGGUAACCCAAUGCAGCAUUGAUGAUGAAUUUAGUCCCAUUUGUGAAGCAUUGAGAAACUACUUUCCAAUGUAUAAACCUGGCUGGACUUGUGAUCAUGUUAUUAAAUAAUAUUGUUCUGAAUAUUUCAA